AACAGGUUGGCAGCAUGGAGUGGCUGAUUGUGAAAGGUGGUGAUGUUAAUUCGAUCUACAACUUUAAUUGCAAUGACAAGUACGAGACUCCUGAGCUGUGGACUGAAAAAGAAGGAACACCUCGCCCACUGUUGGGAUAUAUCGAUCUGAUGUACGGUGUGAUAAUCAUGUUGCUCUACGUUCCAUGCUUGACUGUCAUGCUCAAAAAGGAGAAUAUAAGGUUAUCAUGUUUCAAAAUUAUGUUUCUACUUGGUUUCGUGGAUUUGUGUGCAAUUGGCGUCAACUCAGUGACCACCGGAAUCUUGCUUAUUGAGGGAGCCGUCUACUGCUCCCACCCGCUGACAAUUUUCAUUGCGGGAGCCCUAGGCCUCGGCUUUUGGUGCUCUGCCUGCAUGAUUUGCCUACUUUUGGUGCUCAAUCGAGUCCUGGAUAUCCUCUUUCCCACAUUGGUCAAGAAAUACUUCUCCGGCUCCAGAACCACUAUGGUACUCAUGAUUCCUGUUUGCUAUGGCUUGUACUUUGCAUUCUUCACGCCUCCAUUGUUGUUCACCUCGAAAUAUCAAGCAUGGUUCUUUGACCCGUUUAUCUAUGAAAACAAAACCCUUGAGUACCAAAAUUUUCCACAUACCGCCAACAAUUUGUUCAUCGUUGUCGCCACUUGUGCACUCUAUGGAUACUUCUGCGCGGCUAUUGCAAAGCAAUUCCGGAAAAGAGUAGAGUCUACCAACAAGAAAUCACAUACCCAGAUUUUCCUCCAAUCCACUCUAAUCUGUAUGGUCAACUUCGUCGCCGCUAUGAUCUACGUCUACAUGCAAUUCUUCCCGGUUGCCGAUUUUGUCAUAGUCAUCGGACACAUCUCAUGGCAGCUUGGUCACGGAUGCCCUGCAUUCAUUUAUCUGUUCAUGAACACCACAAUUCGCAGUGGAGUCUCUAAAUUGUUCAGGAUCAAGGGUGGCCGAGUCAACUCCAGAACCACAGCUACUGUAAGCGUCGUUGGAAAACCUGGAACUCAUCAAUCAAUUUCGGCACACUAGUUAAUUUAUUUUUUUCACUUUGUGAAAAUAUUUAUUCAAUACUUGGGAGCAAAUCUCCAUUGCACAAAUUCUCAUCGCAAUAUGUAUAAUAACCUAAUUUUCCCAGCCGUUUUUCUUCUUCUGGAGCCUCGUCAUUAACGCUUGAACAUCCCUUUUCUUUGACAUUAUUAAUGUCUUCGUAGAAUAAAUAGCACUUUUGACCUUUAAAAUAAAAUUAAUA